AUGAUUGAAAUCCAGGAGGAUAUAGCCAUGACGAGUUUACUAGGAAAUUGUAACAUCACUUGGCUAACUACUACUUAUGUACAUAAAGACUGGAUGGAAACUGGUAUGGAAUCCGACAUUUCCGAGCACCUUGAAACUGACGAGAUGUACAUGAUGUUACAAGCUGAUAUGCUGAGCAUCAAGCGCCAGGAGACUGAUUUGAAAUCUGAGAUUGUUGAAAUCACCUCCAAGUUCAAGAACAUUCUGACAUCAUGUGGUAUUGAGCCCCAGGAUUACUCCAUCUUGAACCAGACUGCCAGCACCCUGCCCCCAACUCCAUCCUUCAUGAGGAGUUCUGCCCUGACACAAGUCACUGCCCUGUCCUCUGAUGAAGACUUCCUUCUCCAGGAGAUGAUGAAGGCGUCCCUCUGUUCCACCAGCUCUGACAGUAUCUAUGAGGAUUCUUCCAUGACACUCAUUGUUGACUCCAACUCCAACUACAUGUCUAUGCCAAAGAACUCCAUGGUAUCCACUCCCAACAUCCCCAACGUCACUGGAUCAUCAUCCUCCGACAUCAGCAACGGGAGCGUAGGAGCCAACACCUCUGAUGGUUACCCCAAGUCCACUGAUACCUCAUCUGAUGACAACCAGUGUGUACCUGAGUGCCUUGACCUCGAGCAGGAGCGUAUGUCCCGCAUCCAGUACUAUGGUGACUUUACCAUUGAUCGUCAACGUCGCAUUGACAAUAUGACCACAUCUCUCUCUACUGGACCUGUCCAAACUGAUCUGACCAGUGCUGCCACUGAGGAGCUCUUCACCCGUGAGGUUGAGGGAUGCGAGGAUAACUCUUCAGUGCCUGCUGUCCGUGUUGGACCUGUCAUUGGUGCCUGCCUGCCUACCUCCACCUACUCCACCACCACCUCGGGAAGUGCCAGCUCCACUCCAUCCUCUGGUCACCGUCGCCGUCGUCACUCUACCAGAAAGGACCGUACCACUUCAUCCAAGGGUAGCUCCGGCAAGUACACCUCCGCACCAUGCGCUUCCUCCACAAUGAUUGAGGAUUUGUCUCCCUCAUCUUCCAGCAGUGGUAGCAGCAAGCAUCGCAGCAGCUCCAUUCCCCGAGCCUCCUCCACCAUGAUUGAAGAUCCCGACACACCCUGCAGCAGUGAAGAUGAUCUUCAGUCCAUCUACACCUGGUCCAUUCAUGACAACGACUGUGAUGAGGAUCUCGCCCUUGAGGAGUCUUACUUCAAGAACCUGAACCAGCACAACAAGAUGUCUUCCAAGCCUCCUCUUCCUCCCAAAAGAGUUCUCUCCAGCAGAAGCAGCAGCAGCAGCAGUCGUUCCAGCUCCCGUCGGUCAGGCAAGCGUGACAACCUGAAGGCCAUUCCAUCUGACUCCUGCACACUUCCCAUUGAAGCUUUGUCUGUGAUAGAUCCUUCAGCCACCUACAGGGAUGCUUACCUCGGCGCCGAGUCCAUGUACGAUGAUGACGACAUCCCCUUCAAGUCCAACAGUCUGCCCAGGACUAGCACCAGAAUCCAGCUGCUCCCAAACAAGUCUUCUGGAAGCUCUAUGGAAGCCCGCUGUUCCUCCAUGCCUGACAUUGUCAGUGUUGACCCCGCCAACAACGAUGACUUUCACAGUGUGCCAACUUCACCUGAACACAGUGCUGACAACACCUCCCCUCUUAGUGAGCGUCUUGAGCUUCCCGGCAAAUCCAGCUCCAGUAGUGCCAGCCCAGCAAGUGACAACCAGUGUAGUGCUACCCAUCCCAACACUGAUGCUCUUGUUGAUUCCAUCCUCACUGACAGUCCCACCAGUGUCUGCAGUUCUGGCAUCUUUGUUCCUUGCAAUACACCGGAUGUCACAGACCACAGUAAGACCAGCCGAUCCACGACUAGUGACAAGUCUGAUUCCCGUGUCCAGCCUGUUGCCCCUCCAUCCUCUGUCGCAUCUGUUGCCUCCAAUGCCCAGACCGACGGUGCACUCUUCAAGGUACCCAAGUUCAACCAGCCCCUGAAGAAGCUUUUCCGAUUCAAGCGCAGCAAGGCCCAGAGAAUGUUGACCAGUACUCCCAGUCAUGUUUGCCCAUCUUCUGUACAGAGUGAUCCUCUCUCCAAGAGGAAGCUCUUCACUGUAGACACGACCAGCUCACCUGAUGUUCAGAUUGUCAACAAGAAAGCCGUCAUCAAGAAAUUCAAGAGGUUUAGCGCUAGUUUUAGGAAGGACAGACAAGGUCUUACUCGUAUUCAGACCCUCGCCAACUUGUAAACCCAAAAGACAUU